GAAGAUGGUGGAAGUUUCUUCUUCCUUGAAGUGAAGCCCCGACUUAAACCCAAACAUCCCGCGGACAGAGGGCUGGGACUUUACGGCAGCUUUACCAGCUUGGUUUUAUUUCCUCCCCUGGGAUCCGGGUAAGUGAUACAGGCCUUUAUUCCAGCCCUAUGUCAUGGCCAGUGGAGUCACCAAGUCGGGCACUUCCAAUGGAUACCCUAUGAAGGCACAGCUGCAAAUCAUUGUGCUAUCAGCAAAACUGAAAGAGAACAAGAAAAACUGGUUUGGUCCCAGUCCUUAUGUGGAAGUGACAGUCGAAGGCCAGUCCAAGAAAACAGAGAAAUGCAACAACACCCACAGCCCCAAAUGGAAGCAGCCACUCACUGUGAUCGUGACUCCAUUCAGCAAACUGUCGUUUCGCGUGUGGAGCCACCAGACCCUGAAGUCAGACGUGUUGCUAGGCAUGGCCACGCUGGACAUCAGUGACACACUCGUGUCUAAUGACAUGAAAAUCUCUGAGGUGGUGCAGACAUUACAACUGUGUGCAGACGGAGACCAGUCAGAUGUGGUGGGAGAUCUGUCCGUCUGCCUGGACGGCAUGACUGUUGACCCCGAGAUGUUCGCCAUGGCCAAGGCUGACCAUCACAGUACAUCAAAUGGGGAAUCCCAACCCAAUGGGGAUCAUGCCAUAAACCCCGCUCCUCGCAGGCAGAGUAGAGACAGCUCUCCAGCUGUGGAUGGUGUAGAGCACAAGUCUUCUCCCAGUGGCCGGAGGUCAGUGAACAGCACAGGGUCUCCCUUAGUGUCAUUAGGGGGCUCGAAGCCUGUCCGACCACCCAGGCCCUCCAGACCUCCUCCUCCAACCCCCCGCAGACCCACCUCUUCACCAGCAUCUUCCAGCAACGGCUCUGCACCAGCUGAUGGCAGCGAUGGCCAGUCAGGGUCUGAUACACCAGUACGAACACCGGCCUCAGGACCCUCAUCAACCCCAGACUCAAGUCCAUCAGCAGGGUCAGACAGGAACUCCGCACCGGCCUCCAGCUCUGGAGCUACGGCAACCAGACAGCCAACCAUCACCCCUGUGCUCCCUCCCAGGGUCCCCGCUGUCAAUGCUGGCCCACUGCCCCUUGGGUGGGAACAGAGGGUGGAUCAGAACGGCAGGGUGUAUUUUGUCGAUCAUGUGGAAAAGAGAACAACAUGGGAACGCCCUGAACCAUUGCCCCCUGGCUGGGAGCGCCGUGUUGACCAGAUGGGACGUGCGUACUUUGUUGACCACAUCACACGAACGACCACGUGGCAGCGCCCCACGAUGGAGACCGUGCGGAACUACGAGCAGUGGCAGCACCAGCGCAGCCAGCUGCAGGGCGCCAUGCAGCAGUUCAACCAGAGGUUCAUAAUCGGGCUACAAGACCAGGUCUCAGCCACUCAGAAUAAGGAGUUUGAUCCUCUCGGGCCUCUGCCACAUGGAUGGGAGAAGAGAACAGACACCAACGGCAGAGUUUAUUUUGUACAUCACCCUACACGGUCAACACAGUGGGAGGAUCCACGAACACAAGGGUUGCUCAAUGAGAAACCUCUUCCAGAAGGCUGGGAGAUGAGGUUCACAGUAGAUGGUAUUCCCUACUUCGUAGACCACAACAGGAGAACCACCACCUACAUUGACCCUCGCACUGGAAAGUCUUCACUUGAAAACGGACCUCAGAUCACCUAUGUUCGAGACUUCAAAGCCAAAGUUCAGUACUUCAGAUUCUGGUGCCAGCAACUGUCGAUGCCUCAGCACAUCAAGAUCACCGUGUCCAGAAAAACCCUGUUUGAGGACUCCUUCCAGCAGAUAAUGAGCUUCAAUGCUCAAGAUUUACGAAGGAGACUGUGGAUCAUCUUCCCUGGAGAAGAAGGUCUUGAUUACGGAGGCGUUGCCAGGGAGUGGUUCUUCCUGUUGUCCCACGAGGUAUUGAACCCCAUGUACUGCCUGUUUGAAUAUGCCGGGAAAGAUAACUACUGUCUCCAGAUCAACCCUGCCUCCUACAUCAAUCCUGACCACCUCAAGUAUUUCAAGUUCAUAGGACGCUUCAUUGCCAUGGCUCUUUUCCACGGCAAGUUCAUCGACACUGGUUUCUCGCUGCCAUUUUACAAGCGCAUCCUAAACAAGCCGUUGGCCCUCAAAGACCUGGAGUCAAUAGACCCUGAGUUUUAUAACUCUCUCAUGUGGAUCAAGGAUAACAACAUCGAGGAGUGCGGGCUGGAGAUGUUCUUCUCUGUUGACAAAGAUAUCCUGGGGGAAAUCACCACCCAUGAGCUGAAACCAGGUGGAGGAGACAUCCAAGUCACUGAGGAGAACAAGGAGGAGUACAUCAGGCUGGUAGCAGAGUGGAGGUUGUCCAGAGGAGUGGAAGAGCAGACACAGGCUUUCUUCGAAGGUUUCAACGAGGUCCUCCCUCAGCAGUACCUGCAGUACUUUGAUGCUAAAGAGUUGGAGGUAAUGCUCUGUGGUAUGCAGGAGAUCGACCUCGCAGACUGGCAAAGAAACACCAUCUACAGACACUAUGCUCGCGGCAGCAAACAGAUCAUCUGGUUCUGGCAGUUCAUAAAGGAGAUGGACAAUGAGAAGAGGAUGAGGCUGCUGCAGUUUGUCACCGGCACCUGUCGGCUGCCUGUAGGAGGCUUCACUGACCUGAUGGGAAGCAAUGGUCCCCAGAAAUUCUGUAUCGAGAAGGUGGGAAAAGAAAACUGGCUUCCCAGAAGUCACACAUGCUUUAACAGACUGGACUUGCCUCCCUACAAGAGUUACGAGCAACUGAAGGAGAAGCUGAUGUUUGCCAUCGAGGAGACAGAAGGCUUCGGACAGGAGUGAGAGAAACCAGGCGAAGUUUAACGGCGGGUGCAGGAGUUUGAAGGAAUGAAGACCACCAGUGUUCAAAUCAGGGAGCCUCUUCAGAAUAGGGGGGAUGUUUUGUGUGUUUGUGCUCAUGCACGCGUGCACCUGUAUGGUACUUCUAUGGGUGCAUGCAUGAGACUGCAUGUUGUUCCUGCAAGGAGCUGGGAUUUGGGAGUGUGCGUCUACUGUGCACACCGUGCUCAGAGCAGGCCUCUCAGUGCCUGAUUGGGCACCUGGAAAUUUUGUGUUCUUUUAAACCAAAACACAGAAGCUGCACCUGUCUCUCAGAAUGUGCGCCAAAUUAUGCAUGGGAUCCUGAAAACUCACCCUCAAUGAUAUCUGCUUCAUGGGACUGCAGCAGUAGUUUUUCUUCCCCACGUGUGAUCAUGUAAACGGCAUGCAUCGGAGCAGCCUUUGGGGCUACAGUCAAAAUCUCAUAACCAGAGAGGUCACCGGUUGUGACAAGUUGUUCUGCACUAAAGCUUCUGCUAAAUGACAAAGCGUGAAAUUUGAAGGCACCAUUGUGAGGGUGUACUUAUUUUAAAACAGGAUUAAGUUUCACCAAACAGCAAACUUUGUUGCUCUGAGAAGUUUUUGUUUUUUCUUGCAUUAGAAAUAGUUUGGCCCUCUUUGAGCCUCGUCCCCUUCACUGUCAUUUCCCAUCACACCCUUUAAAUCUCUCACAUUUUUAUCUGCAUCUCCCAACUAAAGUGGAUGAACAGUAACAGGUGAUUUUAUAAGAUGAUAGCUUUGAGGGGGGUGCUCCAAAUUAAUGCUUUAAUAACACACAUUCUUAGUACUUCAAAGAUCUGGUAGAAAUGUCUAAUCUGAGGAACAAAGAGAGAAACGGUUUUGUGUUACUGGGUCUGGAGUAUUUGAUCUGUGAAUGACUUAAUGAUUGUGAAAAGCAGAACUUAACCUGACCCUAGUUUUAUAGGGCCAGAGGCUGUCCUGGAUGAGAUGUCUUAGAUUUACAGAAUUCUGGAAGAAUCUUAUAGAUUAUUCAUCUUGAUAUCAGUUUCUAAGACAUCUUCCUUCUGAUAAUUUGUAGGGUGGUCUUGUUGAAAGCAACAACCUGAGAAAUCCGAUGAGGAUGAAAGUAUUAAGAUAGUUUGUGUGUGUGUGUUUGUGUAUUCAGUACUCAGAUAUACUUUAUUUGACGUGUCAGAACAUUAAAAACCUUAAAAACACAAGUGAAAAACACCAAAUUUGAGUCAAACCAAAUCAAAACUGACAUUUUGAAUGCAUCCUUUGCAAAAUUCUAAAAAAAAAAAAAACACUUCAUGGAGCUCUUCAUAGACAUGUAGCUUUUGAAAGUUAGUGAUAGAGCUGUUACCUUAUCUCCUUUUUUUUUUUUGGGCCCCAUACCAAACCACAAAAUGACUAAGAAAAUGCAAUUUUAAUCAAUUUAAAAAGCUCAGUCAAAGAGAUGCAGUGCAGUAUUUAAAACUUUUGUCUUCCAUUUUAGACUUGAAGGAACAUUUUACCUCUGAGUAUUUUCACUGCUUAACAGUCAGGGUUCCUGUGUCACACCGCUUCAAAGUUGAUUUCUGACAUGUGUGAAAUGAUUUAUGUAGCUGUGCUUUCAUUUUUUUUUAAAUAUUUGUUAAAGAUUUGAUUUUAGAUAAAGAUUCUUACCGUGGAUUGUGGACUGGUGAUUGUGGCUCCCAAGAACAGCCCAUUUUGGCAGAUUACUGUUCACUGCUCGAUUUCAGAUGUGUGAGUGCACAAAGAAACCUCCUAAUGUUUUACUGACAUGGAAUCAAACACUGAGUGAGCACAGAGCCGUUCUUUACACUCUGAGUGUGAAUACUUGUUUGGUUUGGUUUUGGUUUGGCUGAUGUUACACAGCAUCUGAUCAGCAGUGACAGUAACAGAUGAUCCAUCUCAUUUAUCUGUAUGAAAUAAAAACACCAGGUAGUGUGGUUGCUGAUUUUGGAGUGUCCUUUUGAAUUAUUUACUAAACACACCAAAAAUACAGGUUUGGUUACUCCAUUGGGUUCAGGUGUUGUUUGUCUGACAAAGCACAGCACUUUAAAAAAAAAAAAAAAAAAAAAAAAUCCCUCCACUUUUUCUUGCAGUGUGUGGGGCCUCCAGUCUCAGUUAGCAACUCUUGGCUCUUUCUUUGUGGUGAGGUGGUGUUUGUCAUUAGCCUUCCAGUAGCCUUAUUUCCACCCUCAGGCAUCAGGUCUUCUUUUCAGCAACUCGAUGCCAGCAGAGAUGGUCGACCACGCAGGCUUUGUGGUCAAAUUAAUUCUGUGGACUCUGGACUCUGGUCCUGGUCGGUCCUUCUUGACCCAGCUGUGGAGAAGUAACCAGACCAAGAGGAGUUUAAAGUUCCGUGGUUCUUAUGAAGAAACUGCACCAGUGAGGAAAAGCUAUACGCCUUGAGCUAACGACAGGGUUUCAGUGACUAAUUGUGACCUCAGCUGGGCUAACAAAUACUGAGACAAAGUCGGUGUAAUAUAACGAAUGUAACAUGAUGAAUAGUUGAUAGGUGAAGCUGCCUCUUUUACUUUUUUGCCUCAGAUUGUUACCCCCUAAUGCAGAGUGUUGUUCUAAUCUUGUCCUGGGUCAAUCACAUAAUAAAAUCCCGGGAACAUAACAGUUAAGCAAAUAUGUAAAUACCAUAAUUCACUGCUCAGAUUCCUCCAUGUACAACUAAACCACUGUCACUCUCCUGUAUAUGAAAACAAGUUGUAAAUGGUGUCAAUAACAAAUUUUCUUUUGUAAAAGAAUGGUUUUAAUAAGAGGUUUAUGGUAACACUA